GGCUCGGGAUUAUAUCCAUGAUCUUAAAGCCACACAACCGAAUAACGACCCCCGUUUUCUCUCUCUCAGUCCCUUCCCCUCCGCUCUGCGCCCAGUGAAUUCCAUCGGCAGCUCAUCUCUGACCACUUUCUCUCUCCUCUCAUCGGAGAAAAAUGCAGUCGAUUUCCAGGCGAUUGACGCAGAAAUCAAACUCUCAUUCAAUCUCAUCUCUCAAAUAUCUUUAUUCCCUUUCCAAUCCCCGUUAUGGUGCUGAUCAUUCGAGGUAUGGAUCUACGCUCGCUACUAAUGGUGGUGUGCCCUUAAUCAGAAAGGGAACUGGUGGAAGAUCAUCUGUUAGUGGCAUUGUCGCAACCGUAUUUGGAGCAACUGGGUUUCUUGGUCGUUACCUUGUCCAGCAACUUGCUAAAAUGGGGAGUCAAGUUUUGGUUCCUUUUCGAGGUUCUGAGGAUUCUCCUCGUCAUCUCAAGUUGAUGGGUGAUCUUGGGCAGAUUGUACCCAUGAAGUAUGAUCCAAGAGAUGAAAAUUCUAUCAAAGCAGUGAUGGCAAAGGCUAAUGUUGUUAUCAAUCUUAUUGGAAGGGAAUAUGAAACAAGGAAUUUCAGCUUUGAGGAAGUCAACCACCACAUGGCUGAACAGCUUGCUCAGAUUGCUAAGGAACAUGGUGGCAUUAUGAGAUUUAUUCAAGUUUCUUCCCUUGGGGCAUCUCCAACUUCAGAAUCCAGGAUGCUUAAAGCUAAGGCUGCAGCAGAGGAAGCUAUUUUGAGAGAACUGCCAGGAGCAACUAUAAUGAGGCCUGCUACUAUGAUCGGUACAGAAGAUCGGAUUCUAAAUACCUGGGCGCAGUUUGUGAAGAAGUAUAGCUUCCUUCCCCUAAUUGGGGAUGGAUCAAAAGAGAUACAACCUGUUUAUGUGAUUGAUGUUGCUGGUGCAAUUGUUGCUGCUUUGAAAGAUGAUGGCUCUAGCUUGGGAAAAACAUAUGAACUUGGAGGGCCAGAUGUAUAUACAGUGCAGGAGUUGGCGGAACUUAUGUUUGAAACGAUUCGUGAAUAUCCUCGGUAUGUGAAAAUUCCGGUUCCCAUUGCAAAGGCCAUUUCCACUCCUCGAGAUAUCUUGAUCAACAAAGUUCCGUUUCCCUUACCGUCUCCAUCAAUAUUCAAUCUGGACCAGAUCCAUGCCCUCUAUGGAGAUACAGUUGUAUCGGAUAAGGCAUUAACAUUCGCGGAUCUCGAUAUUGUCCCACACAAGCUCAAAGGAUAUCCUGUUGAGUUUUUGUCAUGUUACCGGAAGGGCGGACCACAAUUUGGGUCUACAAUCAGUGAAAAGAUUUCAGCUGACCCUUGGCGAUGAUAUUCCGGGUCAACUCCUGCUGGGAUCUUUUUAAUAGGCAGGACAGUACAAAAUUUGAGUGCUGACUAUCUUUAGCGGGUCACCACCGUAGGUUGUAUCAAGAUUGAAAUGCCUGCUUUCAAAAAAACAAGAAGAAUUAAUAAACAUGGAGAUUAUUCUGUCAUUCAGGGUUGUAUAAUCUUGAGAAAUGUUCUCAUAUGCUGUAAUUUUUUAAGCCUUUGCUUGUUCAAAUAGCUGAGGCUCAGUAUAUGCCGGGUGAACAGUUUUGUUAUUUAUUUGAGAAAUUCCUGUGCCCUAUGUUCUUUGCUUUACAUUGUCCUUGUUUCCAAUGUCAGAGAUUUGAAAAGAAAAUACAAGCUCCUUCCUUUCCUCUCGA